UUAAAAGAGAAUGGUGAGUGGCCUUUGUGUGAAAUUGUAUGUUCAAAAACCAAUAAAUAAAUAUGUUGUUUUGCAGAACGGUUACAAGCAGAUCCAUAGCAAUGCAAGCAAAUAACCCGGCACCAGCACCUGGAUUCUCCAAUACUGGCUAUGCACCAGGAAACCAGCCCCCGUAUGGCCACCCGCAGUAUGCAGCUGGGAACUUCUACGGCACUCCUGCAGCAGGGCCAUAUGCUUACCAGGCACAGCCCAUGGGAAACCCAUCCGGAGCUGCUGUUCCACCCAUCCAGAACCAGCCUUCCGGGACCAUCUGGAUGCCCAUCCCUCCUCCUAUUCCCAACUGCCCUCCUGGACUGGAAUAUCUCACGCAGAUUGACCAGAUAUUAAUUCAUCAGCAAAUUGAACUUCUUGAGAUUUUUAUUGGAUUGGAAUCAAACAACAAAUAUGAAAUCAAGAAUUCACUGGGACAAAGGGUGUACUUUGCAGCAGAGGACACUGACUGCUGCACAAGGAACUGCUGUGGGCCAGCACGACCUUUCACCAUCAAGAUUAUGGACAAUCUGGGUCAUGAGGUGAUAAGGCUGGAGAGACCCCUCAGGUGUUCGUCAUGUUUUUUCCCCUGCUGCUUACAGGAGAUAGAAAUUCAAGCACCUCCAGGAACACCAGUAGGUUAUGUUGUCCAGAACUGGCAUCCCUGCUUGCCCAAGUUUACUAUUCAGGAUGAGAAAAAAAUGGAUGUACUGAAAAUUAAUGGCCCUUGUGUCAUCUGCAGCUGUUGUGAGGAUGUUAAUUUUGAGGUGAAGUCUUUGGAUGAGGUUUCUAAUGUUGGAAGGAUUUCUAAGCAGUGGUCUGGGUUUUUGAAAGAAGCAUUUACAGAUGCUGAUAACUUUGGAGUCUCAUUUCCAAUGGACCUUGAUGUAAAAAUGAAAGCUGUCAUGCUCGGCGCUUGCUUCCUUAUCGAUUUCAUGUUUUUUGAGAGUAUUGGUGACAGCCAACAGCGAGCAGGAGUGUGGCAGUGAAAUCUAGAACUUUGUAUUUAGAAGGAAGAAAAUAAACCACCCACUUCCCAGUGGAUUACGGAGCUCCAGUGAGAAUGUGACAAGUGGAAGAAGUGGACCUCUUACACUUGUAAUUAUAUUUCUAUAAACUAAAGGCUUUAUUGUCUAGCUUGUGGUUCUGUAAUCUAAUUACACUGUUGUAUUCAAAUAAGCACCUUUUGUCUGUACAGAUCAAUACUGUAAUGUAUAGAAAUAUAUAGCAGCCUUUUUUCCAAUAAAUUUGGAAUUGUUGUAUUAAAAACUUAAUUCUUAAAAAAAGAGAUCUAUUUCUUUGUUCAAUAAUAAUAUAAGCAGUCAGCCUAAUAAAGAGAUUCUUAUCCUU